GAGCACGGCACUAACGGAACGACCGGAAGCACAUGCUGGCGCCGCGCUGCAGCUAAUGUUGUCGUCUGUGACAUGUAGACAGAGAGGCGGGUUCGGUUUGGGGUUUUAUAUUUAAAUACGGUUUGUAAAAAUAUCUAAGAAUGGCAGCUACGGUUGUAACGGCUGCUGUCCCCACGGAGCACGACUCUGACCGGUGUGGAAGCGAGGAGGAGAACCGCGGUGCCGAGGCGGCGGAGGAGAGCCGCCAGCAGCAGACAGGCCCGGCGGCCGCCGCGACCCACAACCGCCUGUCCAAGCUGCCGCUGGCCCGCAUCAAGGCGCUGAUGAAGAGCGACCCCGACGUGUCGCUCGCCAGCCAGGAGUCUGUGUUCAUCAUCGCCAAAGCCACGGAGUUGUUUGUGGAGAUGAUUGCCAAAGAUGCCCUUGUGUACGCCCAACAAGGGAAGAGGAAAACAUUGCAAAGAAAGGAUCUGGACAAUGCAAUAGAGGCCAUAGACGAGUUUGCAUUUCUUGAAGGCACACUGGAUUAAAGACAAGAAUGAAGAACUUUGAAUGUUUGCAAGCAGCCAAAUGUUCUGUCACAGACACAGUUUAUUGUGGAAAAACCUCUUUGGUAUUUAAAUAUUCAAACUCUCAUACUGGACAUUUAUAAAUGCUUUUCUACAAUGUGCCAUUACAAAUUUUCGUACCUGUUUUAAUGUGUACAUUUUUGUAAAUAUUUGUUAACUAUUACUGUACAUUGGAAUAAAUUUAAUGGUUUUAAACAGCCAUAUUGUGUCAGUAUUAAAUUAAAAAUAACUUCACACUUUCUCUCCAAGUAAAAGAUUAAACAUCUAGAACUGACAA